UUACCUUUGGAAUUAUUUUUUUGGGCAGGUAAGGUAGCUUUUGGACCAUUCAUCAAUACAUACAUAGCAGAAUCUAUGAACACAUGCAAUGGUUGCGAGUUCACUGGUCUCAAUUUCACUAAGACAAAUUGUGCAUUUGUCGUCCCUUUCUAA